CACACAGAGCUGUGGAUUCUAUCAUGGGUCCUCGUACCAUUCAACAUGAAACUGUUGCCUCUGAAGCAACUGCUGCUCCUGGAGCUUCAGCUAGCAGUUUCGGAUCUGAUGCUUGCGGUGUUCAUUCCAAGGCCUUCCAGGAUUGCAUAAACACCUCUGGAAGUGAAAUCAGUAGAUGCCAGUUCUACAUGGACAUGUUGGCAGAAUGCAGGAGGGACUCUUCUUCUGGUUCCAUGCUCAGUUCUUAAUUAUUGUUGUUCUUCAUUUAUCUAUCUAUCUAUUGUGAGAAUGAUAGACUACUCUUGGUUGGACAAUUUUUAUAAGCAUUGAAUCUGUAUUUGCAUUAUGAACUGUAUCUGAAUUUGAUGAUACACAUUUUGAAAAUAAUUUCAUAUUGAGGUUCUAAUAA